GUUCAGCCAAUAGCAUGGAGGGAGGAGAGCAGGGGUCACACGGUACCGCUGCAGUCUGACAGGGGAGGGGCGGCGGACUUCACCCUGCAGGGAUCGCUCUGUCUGCAGGCAGUCACUUUACCUGUUUGGACUCACGAGUACUCAUGGCUGACCUCCAGGCGAAGUUUGAUGGAGCAGCAGCUGAGGUCAAGCAGCUGAAGGCUAAGCCAGCUGAUGAGGAGAUGCUGCAGGUCUACGCACUGUUCAAGCAGGCCACCGUGGGCGACGUGAACACAGCUCGUCCAGGUAUGCUUGAUUUCACUGGGAAGGCUAAAUGGGACGCCUGGGAGAAGCAGAAGGGUAAGAGCAAAGAGGAUGCGAUGAACGAGUACAUCAGCCUGGUGGAAGAGCUAAAGCAGAAGUAUGGAAUCUAACGUCUCAUGGUGACAGCUGCUGUGUGGACUGAGGCCACCACCACUCUCCAUUCCUACACAAUGAAAAUGCCUUAAAACCCAACAAGUGUCCUUCAACAGCUGUGAACACUUGCUGGUUUACCUGUGGGGUCCCAGUGAGGUCCAACUCCCAAGUAGUAGAAAUUGUCCUCAGCUCACCAUGAAAUUAUACAGAAAUUUCAGUGUUGUGUAUCUGCAGAAGGUCCUGCCAUUUCAAUAAAACGUCUCUUUAAA